AUGGACCUUGUCAGAAGGCUAAGGCUCAAACCUGCAACGGACUACGCUGCCCCAGGGCUAGAAUCCUUUAGGGGGGAUAAAACGAACCUAGGAAACGCCUACUGGUUUACCUUCUUCCUUAUUGAUAACGGCGGGAACCCGCGGAAGGAAGGCAUUGUGAUUGACUGUGCCGUUGACUCGUGGUACUAUCGAGAGAUCGCGCUCGUAGACCCCGAGUCCCUUCUCCGAGAUAUCGUCGAGAACCGUGAAACAGCCUAUGUGCUACACAUUGCGGCUACCCUCUCACUAGAGGAAAGGAGCAUGGCUACGCUCGGCGAGCUAUCGGACACCGGAAGGGAAGACGAAAACGAAUUCCCUCUAGAACUCGAAGGCUUAGAAGGGUUUUUCGACGAGGAUGCGGCCAAGGGGAUGCCGCUCUUGCCAGAGGCAUCCCAUAGGAUCGAUCUCGUCGAAGGAAGCAAACCACCAUAUGGGCCGCUAUACCCCAUGAAUGAGGCCUAG